GCUGACAGCAGUUUGCAUUCAGACACACGCAGACACUGGGGGCACUGGUUCCAUGGGAGCCAUGGAUAACGGACCUCCAACUCCAUCCACCAGCUGGGACUCUGCCCCCAGCAGUGCCACACUCUGGGCAAAAAUCCCUGUCAGCCAGGGACCCUGCUUCUCCGGAAUUUGACCACAACUUCUCGGAGCCCAGCGUGGAUCUAGCCCCACGAAGCUCCUUGCCCAGGCCAAUCCUUCCAUGCUGUCUUCAAGCCCUGCUUCCUGCACAUCUCCCAGUCCGGACGGGGAGAACCCAUGUAAGAAGGUCCAUUGGACUUCUGGGAGGAGGAGAACAUCAUCCACAGACUCGGAGUCCAAGUCCCACCCGGACCCCUCCAAGCUACCCAGGUCCCGGAGACCCAGCCGCCUGACGGUGAAGUAUGACCGGGGCCAGCUCCAGCGCUGGCUGGAGAUGGAGCAAUGGGUAGAUGCUCAGGUGCAGGAGCUCUUCCAGGAUCAAGCAAACCCUUCUGAGCCAGAGAUUGACCUGGAGACUCUCAUGGAUCUAUCCACAGAGGAGCAGAAGACUCAGUUGGAGGCCAUUCUUGGGAACUGCCCCCGCCCCACAGAGUCUUUUAUCUCUGAGCUGCUCAGUCAACUCAAGAAACUCAGGAGACUCAGUCGACCUCAGAAAUGAGCCCGGGAGAUCAUCUUUAGCAGCCUCAGCAUUACCAGGCCUGACCUGACACUCCAGAUCCUGACUAAGAGGGAAACAUCUCCUUGGGACACAAACAAGAAAUGUGGACAAGGAGGGACAUUUGCACACUCCUACUGUCUGUGUGGUCACAGCUAGUUUCUGUCAGCUGGGCUCUCUGGGAGAGAGCUGGCUGUUGUCCAGUGCUUUCCUUGGCAGCCAAGUGGAUAAAACCUUUAGGAGCC